AUGACGGAGUCGACACGCACUACGGUGACCGGUGAUGUGGACAGCCUCAACCCCUGCGGUAUCCGAAUUGCAGGUAUCAAGUGGAUUUCCGUCGCCGGGGCCAAAUACAAAGUUUGGACGAAGAAGAUGGGCUCUGGAAGCCUCAAAGUACUUCUACUUCAUGGCGGCCCUGGCUUUCCUCACGACUAUCUGGAAUGCUUUGAAUCCUUCCUUCCCGAAGCCGGGAUCGAGAUGUACUACUACGACCAAUUGGGCUGUGGCAAUUCUGACAAACCAGAAGAUUCUUCACUUUGGAACCUCGAGCGAUAUCUCGAAGAAGUUGAGGAAGUGAGAAAAGGCCUCGGAUUGACAGACUUCAUCCUAUUAGGUCACAGCUGGGGCGGAAUCUUGACCAUGGAGUACGCUUUGAAACAUCAGAACGAUGGACACCUGAAAGCAAUCGUGGUGUCGAAUAUGGUUGCAAGUAUUGAGUCAUUCCUACGACGGGUAAAUGAGUGGAAGGACACUUUGCCUCCAGACCUGUUGCAGAAAGUGAAUCAAAUCGAAGCGGCGGGCGAUUGGGAAAAUCCUGAGUACGAAAGAAUCAUGAUGGACGAAAUAUAUCCAACCGUAAUCUGCCGAAAUACACCCUGGCCUGAGCCCGUGACUCGCUCGUUUCGCCUUGUUAACCAGGACAUAUACGUGCAAAUGCAAGGUCAUAGUGAAUUCGUAGUCACAGGAAAUAUGAAGGGAUGGGAUGUAUGGGAUUCGUUGCCGAACAUUAGACUCAAGUCAUUGAUCAUUGGAGCAGAGUAUGAUGAGAUGGAUCCUGAAGAUUGCAAAAAGAUGGCACAGAUCAUACCUAAUGGAGAAGUGGUUGUGUGUCCUGGAGGAAGUCAUAUGUGCUUCUAUGAUGCGCAAGAUCAUUAUUUCAAGUAUCUACUGGCAUUCUUGCAAUCACUAAGCUAG